AACUUGGCUCAAACUUGGCGAGAACCGCGUGCUUUGAGUGACCUGGGCGUCUGCUCUCGACAGGCGAUCAUGGGAGACGAGGAUGUGGCCCUCAUGAAGAUCACCGCCAAAAAGAAUGUUGCCUUCUACAUGCGUGCCGCAGCAUCCUUUCUGCGCGGCACGGAAGACAAGAAGCCAGUGCAGGAGCUUCGCGUGACUGCUCUCGGAGAGGCCAUUGGCAUCGUGGCCUCCGUGGCCUCACGCUGUGAGAAAGAAAGCCUGGCGACGAUCAAAGAAAUCAAAACAGACUAUGCGGACGUGCAGACAAACUCCGGCACCACGCGUGGCUGCGCACAGCUGCAGGUGGUGUUGCAGAAUACCUCCUCCGGUGCGAAGGCUUAA